AUGAAGGUCGAAUUUGCCCCGCUCAACAUUCCCCUGGCGAGGAGAGGACAGACCGCCGCUGUGUUUCAAUGGGUCUUCUCCUUCCUGCUAUUAGCACAAUGUUGCUGUGGAAUCUUCAUGUUUUUCCUCUUUGGAGAUUACUGGUUUAUCUCAGCGUUUUAUGCACUCUGGCUCUACCUCGACUGGGAGACACCACAAACUGGAGGGAGGCGAUCUAAGUGGGUUCGAAACUGGACUCUGUGGAGGUACUUUAAGGAAUACUUUCCAAUUCAUCUCAUAAAAACCUCAGAUUUGGAUCCAAGUCAAAACUACCUCUUUGGAUUUCACCCUCAUGGCGUCCUUGUCGCUGGAGCCUUUGGAAACUUUUGCACAGAAUACACUGGUUUUCAGAAGCUAUUCCCUGAUCUGACUCCGUACCUUCACAUCUUGCCUUUCUGGUUCCGAUGCCCUUUCUUCAGAGAUUAUAUUAUGUGUGCUGGGUUGGUUUCAGCCACCAAACGGAGUGUGUCUCAUGUGCUAAGCAAUGAAAGUGGUGGAAAUGUUGCAGUGAUAGUCAUUGGAGGGGCAGAAGAGUCUUUGGAUGCUCAUCCUGGAAGCUUAACACUGAAUAUCCUCAAAAGGAAAGGGUUCAUUAAGGUUGCUUUGAAACAUGGGGCUCAACUGGUCCCAGUGUUUUCUUUUGGUGAAAAUGAACUAUUCAAGCAAAUUUCAAAUCCAAAGGGGUCGUGGCUCAGAACAUGGCAGGAAAAGCUGCAGAAGAUGAUGGGUUUUGCUUUGCCUUUGUUUCAUGGCAGAGGGAUCUUCCAAUAUAGUUUUGGCUUGGUGCCUUACAGGAAACCUAUUCACACUGUUGUUGGGAAUCCUAUAGCUGUGAAACAGAAUCUGAACCCCACCAUUGAAGAGAUUGAUCAACUCCAUCAGAAAUAUCUGCAGGAGCUACAAGAGUUAUUUGACAAAAACAAAGAAAAGUAUGGGAUACCAGAGCAGAAAUCUCUCACUUUUACCUAAAUACAAGCACAAUGAUAAUGUGAUGCAAAUGCUUGUUGUAAAAAGAAAUCUUUUAUGCCUUCAUUCUCUCUCUCUCUCUCU